CCGAACGACAAUUGGGGAAAGGCAGCUCCGUUCCCUCUUACUAACUGUAUUACCUAGUCAUGGAGGAAAGGGUUGCUCUGUGCGAACGGCGCUUUAGACUCGCAAAAUUACCUUGAGCGGUGAUACGGCAGAGGAAUUGUCAGCGGUAUCAGUAGUUGGGCAUUAAUUUUGCCGUUUCAGGCGAUGGGUCAGAAGCUGCAGUGAAACUGGUACCCAGUCUCCCCAGAAAUCAAACGCCUCUCUCCCUGAAAGUCAUCUCUUCCGACAUUCGAAACAAAAAAAAGGUCUCUUGAAGUACUUGCUGUGCGACAAAAAUGACUGUUCAUACCGAGAGAUGCUGAAAUCGGCCCCUUCACUACCCUGCGUGCUGAAGAUCCAGAAAUCGACACAGUAAAUGUGAAAACGAAAAAUAGUUUGAGAUUUUCCGGGAACAAGUCGCUCGUAACACCGAACAUGCAGUGAACAGCUCUAAAGACACACAGGAGCCAGACCCUCAGCUCAUGGUCUCUGCAGAAUGUAAGCUUGCAAAGGGAACUUCAGUACAGACCAUGCAGAGGAAUCGGUUGAGAACUGUUACUGGGCAAAGAAGUCUGUGGACCAACACUCACAUCAGUCCAGAAUGAACUGUGACAGGUAACACUCAACUCAGCACAGUGUGGGACUAGAACAGGUACACUUACCUCAGUCCACAGUGAGUCAGACAGAUAACAUUCACCUCAGACUACAGUGAGACCAGAAGAGGUAAUAAUCACCUCAGUCCACAGUGAAACUGGGACAGGUAACACUCAACUCAGACCAGUGUGAGACCAGGACAGGUACACUCAACUCAGUCCACAGUUAGUCCGGGACAGGUACACACACAUCGGUCCACAGUGAGUCCAGGACAGAUAACACUCACCUCAGUCCACAGUGAGACUGGGGCAGGUAACACUCACCUCAUUCAAAAGUGAGACUUGGACAGGUAACACUUACCUCAGUCCACAGUGAGAUCAACAGGUAACACUCACCUCAGUCCACAGUGAGACAAGGACAGAUAACAUUCACCUCAGUCCACAGUGAGACCAGAAGAGGUAACACUCACCUCAGUCCACAGUGAGGCUGGGAAAGGUGACAUGCACCUCAGUCCACAGUGAGAUCAGACAUGUAACACCCACCCCAGUCCACAGUGAGACCAGGACAGGUAACAUUCACCUCAGUCCACAGUGACACCGGGACAGGUAACACUCACCUCAGUCCAAAGUGAGAAUAGACAGGCAACACUCCCCUCAGUCUACAGUGAUAUAGGGACAGGUAACACUCACCUCAGUCCACAGUGAGAUUGGGACAGGUAACACUCACCUCAGUCCAUAUUGAGACUGGGACAGGUAACACUCACCUCCAUCUACAGUGAGACCGGGACUAGUAACACUCACCUCUGUCCACAGUGAGACUAGGACAGGUAACACUCACGUCAGUCCAAAGUGAGAUUGGGACAGGUAAUGCCCACCUCAGUCCACAGUGAAACUGGGACAGGUAACAUUCACCUCAAUCUACAAUGAGCCCAGGACAGAUAACACUCACAUCAGUCCAUGGUGAGAAUGGGAUAGAUAAAGCUCACCUCAGUCCACUGUGAGAUUGUGUCAGGCAAUGCCUCAGAUUCUCUGAUGUUUGACAUCGGUUUGUCUUUUCUCACCUUUGUUAUUCCCAGUGUAAAUGAGAUCCAGACCCUUGCGUGUCUUGGGAACAAGUCACGGGUAUAAAUUCUCCGAUCAGCCUCAGUCUAUUCCCAACUGUUCCGUUCUCAUAUCCACCCAGCCAACUCAUCCAGAGCUGUCAAGUGCUUGUCUUAACUUCAUGCCCCAAUAGUAUUAAUAAGAUUACAGCAUGUUCCUUCAAGGCCACCUGUUCUUCAUCUUAUCUCCUUUUCUCUCUUCACAACCCUUAGGACAGGUUGCCAAGGAGGAAUUAAAGUUUAGAUGGAGGAAACAUAAUGUCCACUCAGAGCUUCUAUCCUGGUUCAAUUCCAGUGCCGUCACUGAAGUGCAGACAAUUACCUCCUGGAGUGCCCCUAUUAUGUGGGAGGGGACGUUUGACCCGGUGGAACGCGAUGAAUUCUACUUUAAAAGGAAGGCAGUGAUUGGCCUGACAGUUUUUGCAAUUGGACGGUACCUUGACAGGUAUCUGAAGGACUUCCUGGAGUCGGCAGAGCAGCACUUCAUGAAAGGACAUCGGGUGAUCUACUACGUGAUGGUGGACGUUGCCAGCAAGGUCCCUGCCCUGAAGAUGCCUUCUGAAUGGACCAUGAUCGUGAUCCAGGUUCCCAAGCAAUCCCGCUGGCAAGACAUCAGCAUGAUGCGGAUGUACCAAAUCAACGACUUCAUCCAGGAUCGGGUACAGUUCCAGGUCACGCACCUCUUCUGCUUCGAUGUCGACCAGGUGUUUGUGGUGCGCUUCGGGGUGGAGGCUUUGGCAGACUCAGUCAUUCAGAUUCUUAAAAAUAUAAAAACAGGAAGCUGUGGGAGGAAGAUCCACAGAGGAGAUGAGGUCAGUGACAGUCCUGGAGACAAUGGCUUGAUGUUCAGUGGUGGGGUCAUGGUCCAGGGAGAGGUAGGAGGAAGUGUCUGCGAAAACAAGGGAGAUUUCUAUUACCACGCAGCUGUUUUCGGAGGGAGACCAGAUCUGGUUUUGAACCUGACUAGGACCUGCCUGGAGGGGAUCAUCAGAAACAAAAGUAAAAAGAUCGAGGCAGUCUGGCAUGAUGAGAGUCAUUUGAAUCGUUACUUUCUGGAUCACAAACCCGCCAAGCUCUUAUCUCCCGAGUAUUGCUGGGACCUAAAACCGGCCAAGCAUAUCCGAUAUGUCAGACUGAAAUGGAUGCCCAAGGAAUAUAAGAAAUUACGUGAGAACUGGACGAGGGACGAAUCUCCUGAACCUUUCAUAUUGCUGGAUUUUCAUCGUUACGCUGGGACUAUCUCUUAUUAACCACCAAAGUCAAACAAUAAUGUUCUUUCAAAUCUUUGCAAUUCUGCACAAUGAAUUAGCAGCCUUUAAUGCUGAUAACAGGGGAAGGGGUAACUGACUGGGGGCCAUUUAUUCUAUUCAGGGACGUGGUGGGUGGAAGUGACACCAUUCCUUGGACUGAAGGAGUUCUGCUCUGAUACAGCUCAGUCACUCAGCUACUCCAAUAUUGUGCCCAGCCUGUGCCUCGGCAAAAUGGUGCCAUUGUCCACCUCACCACCCACCUCGACCCAGUCGGUGUUCAAAAACAGUCCCCUCCCCACCACCUACCCCAAAAUCCUGACAGUUACCAAAAGAAAAUGGUCAAGAUGGAUUCUGAAGAGGUAGUUAAAUGCAGGCACACAAUUAGGAUAUGAGAAAAUGAAUUAAAAGUUCUUUACUGGGAGGAUAAUUAGAAUGAAGACCCUCUUUCAUAAACUAUCCUUGAAGGAUAAUCUAUAACUUGCUUAAAAAGUUAACCGGUUGGUGGCUGAAAAGUGAUUAUUAACGGCUCUGGGGAAUGAGCAGAAUGAUCUAAUUAGACUUGAUCUGUGCUGAAAAGUGUUGGCUUUAAUCAUGUUUUGUUUUGAAUCAGGAUGAACUUUUCUACAUUGCUGAGAUUUUUUUCAUUGUAGCUUUUGGAAAUUGGAAACUGUUGUCAUGGUAGUAGACUCCGCCCACCUAGGUUUUUCCAAAGCCCAUUAAUAAUCAUACCCUUCCUAUUUGCGAAAUUGCAAUGCCGAAUGUGAAGAAGUGCUGAAUUAAGGUUUUGUUUUCUUUUGGGGUCAAAACAUAAUUUUAGUGGAUAAUUUUACCAACCACACUCCCCCCAUGGAGACAGAAAGGAAUUAUAACUGACAGAUACAUACUGUGCAAUGAACCUAUUCCUGGGCUCUUCAGAAGAGCCACAAUGGAUUCUCUGGGAUUUUUUUUUUCAAAUUACAAACAGUCAUAGUUUUUGGAUUUGUGCCAAUACUAGUGGCCACAGUAGAAAGACCUUGCCAAGGACCCACAUUGAUAAUGGUCUCUCCCUGUGCCUAGGGAUGCCAACCCUUCAGGACUGGCCUGGAGUCUCCAGGAAUUGAAGAUCAAUCUCUAGGACACAGCCGUGUGCAACCCUGGAGAAAACAUCAUGGGGACAUUAAACAAAUGUUCUUUUUGUCA